GCGGCGGUGAGGACCGGAUAUCCGGUGCGGAGGAGGGGUGACGUGUCUCUCAGUUCGGUGAUCUGUAGAUUGGAGUCACUCGGAGUCAGGAGAGGAGAGAGAUGAAGACUUUACUGGUUGCGUUUGCGGUCCUGCUGGCCCUCGGGCACUGCGAGGAAGGUGCGCGGCUCCUGGGCUCCAAGUCUCUGCUGAACCGAUAUGCGGUGGAGGGGAAAGACCUCACCCUGCAAUACAACAUCUACAACGUGGGCUCCAGCGCGGCUCUGGAUGUGGAGCUCUCAGACGAUUCCUUCCCCCCGGAGGAUUUCGGGAUUGUGGCCGGCAUGCUGAACGUGAAAUGGGACCGAAUCGCCCCCGCCAGCAACGUCUCCCACACCGUGGUCCUGCGUCCUCUGAAAGCCGGCUACUUCAACUUCACUUCCGCCACCAUGAGCUACCUGGCCCAGGAGGGGGCUCAGGUUGUGGUUGGAUACACCAGCGCCCCGGGACAAGGAGGAAUUCUGGCUCAGCGCGAGUUUGACCGCCGAUUCUCCCCCCACUUUCUGGACUGGGCAGCCUUUGGGGUGAUGACUCUUCCCUCCAUCGGGAUCCCCCUCCUCCUCUGGUUCUCCAGCAAGAGAAAGUACGACACCCCCAAACCCAAGAAGAACUGAGACGCCGACCCUACCGGGACUCUUCUACCAACCGUUGUCACCACACUACGCCACAAAAUCAAUUCUCAUCCCGGACGAGCCCCCCCCCCCCCUCCUGAACAUCCAGCCGGGUCAUCCAUUCUUUUUUGGGAAUGGUAAGAUGACUCUGAACACCGGCAAUGAAUUCGGAUCACGCUGAGCCUCUUCUACGAGGAUCGCUGGUGGUGAACGGCGGUCAGUCAAGUGAUGAAGAUCGGUUCUGUCCAGGGUGCUGAACCUACAAAUUCGGACUUUUUUUGGCCAAUUUUUUUUUUUCUUUUUAAAGUUGUCCCACACUGUGCCAGCAGAGGGACCCCCCGAUCACCCCGAGUCAUAUCGUCCCCUCUGCGUUGUCCGGAGCGCCGCCGGAUUUUACCGGCUAAGGAGACAUCGCUGUGUCUGUAGGAUCCCGAAAAUACCAUCGUGACGGGCGCCGGCUUCUGGGAGCGUCCGUUAUAUUCAGGGAAAUUUUUAUGCCAAAACAAUGGAGGGUUUUUCUAAUAAAAUUUAAAUAACUC